CGCUAAGGCGGAACCCAACAUCAUGGAUCGGCGUCCACUUUUUUUAUCUUAAACUUCAGAUCUCGGAGAAUUCAAUAUCAGCUUUCUAUUCACCUUCACGGUUUAUCAAGGACAUAAAAUUGUCUCGCAAUACGUUACUCAUCUCUGGGUAUAAUUCGGGCGCCCUUCAUCUACAAUGGCGGACGCAGACGAAGAUGCGAUCCAUCUCCCCGCCUCGCAUGACUCCGGUGCGCAUAUCGACCACGACCUCUCCGACGAGACACAGGACUUUCGGUUCCUGAAUAAUUUGUCAAUUGUCGGAGACACGUCCCAAACGGCCCUGCCCCGUCGUGGAGAGAAAGACUUCGAACCAAACCCGACGCUUUUCCAGUCAGAUGCUUUAGCUGCUUCGCGACAGGCUAUGCACAAUGCGCUCUCAUUUCCACGUCUGCAUCAUCCAAAGAAUAAGGUAGUCGGCUACUACGCGCCAGACGGAUUUGCACCGCCUUCACCCUCUUCGAAGUCUACGGGCAUGACAGCCAUUCAGGAGGAAGGCGAGAAAAAGACCGAGGAACCAAAAGUACAAAAGAGCGCAGGGACAGGAUCUACAAUAUCUCCCGAUGCAUGCGUUUAUGUUCCGAAUCCAAAGGGCCAGCACUUCAGAACAGUAGGACAGGGAGAUCGGUGGAAUCGAGUCUGGCUACUGCCAGAAGAGGCCCUGUAUUUGCUUGAGAGAGGGAGCUUGGAUAUUCGAUGGCUGUCGGAAGAUUCAGAUGAGGAAGACGAUGAGGACCUGAGCAUCCCAAUGAGUCUCCAAGCGGCAUAUGCAUGUUUCAUUGGAAGAGGAGGUUUGACGCUGGAGAGAUUCACUGUCUACUCUGGUCUCAAGAGAGGAGGAUACACGCUUGUCCGAGCACCAAGCUGGGACGAGAGCACAGAAGAAGCCAACGAAGGUGCCUUGGCGGAUGUCCGAUCCAAUAGCGGUAAAGUCGUGGAUCUGAUGGGAUUUUUGGGUCGGUUGUGCAGGUCCAUAUACAAUGUCACUUCGUCAGCGUCUACGGCGACGGGCCCAGUGGUAGGGCUGGGUAUACAUCGCAGCUACAAUGAUAUAUACCGACGACUGUCUUUGAUAUCUUUUCAGGAUCCCGCAAUUGAGAAGCCUGCUCGAAACCCCACGACGCCCCCAUUCCGCGUCGCCUACCAUGUAUAUAAGCCGUCCACACCUUUCCGCAAAUCAGCUCCACCGACGCCCGAUUUCCGGAUAGCUGUGGUUAAUGCCCGCGAGCAGACGACAUUGCCUACAAAGUCACAAAUUAGCGCUCUCCUGGAGAGCACCCCAUACGAUCCUCCUCGCGGCGAGAAAAUGGACAAAAUGUUAUACAUGCGACUUCGACAUGGGUACAGGAAUGUUGUCCUGGCUGUCGUGGAUCAAGGAGUCGUGAGCUUCUUGAGGAUUGCAGACGCAGGAUUCUCGCGCGAGAAGAUCUAUGAGGAUAAGGGUGUCUUCAGGGGAGGUAAAAGAGGUGGAUUCUCACGAGGUGGAAGAGGUGGAAGAGGACGAGGUAGAGGAAGAUGAUUAUCCGUGCAUCCCAGGUGCUAAAUCAUCUCUCGCGCGGAACGCAAAAGUUACAGGAAAUGUCUCCCCCGGAAUAAGGC